GUCCAAGGGAGGUCCUAAUCUAGUGCAGCAGCUGGGAGCUAUUUACCACGUGACUGGAUAGAUGUUACAGCAGCCAUCAUUUUACCUAAUUCAUGUUCAACCCAAAAGAGGAAAGAGGAGGGAUGAAACGAACAGACAUGGAGUAGGCCGGGAAUGAGAAGUCACAUAUUAAUAUUGUAUCUGUUAUUUUAUUGUUUUCAUAAGACUCUUGCCAAGGUGGGCUAAACCAACACCUAGCCUGACCCCUGUUUCUUGGCAACUAGUGACACCGGGACCAAAGAGGUGGAGAGGAGGGUGCUGGUCUAACCACCCGGAGCAUGGGGCAGAAAGUCCCAGGCGGCAUUAAAACCAUCGACAUGCGGGAUCCAGCGUUUCGGCCCCUAAAGCUGGAGCUGCAGGCCCUGGACCACACCAAGCCGUCCCGGCUGGACCUGCUGCUGGACAUGCCCCAGGUCAACCAGGAAGCCCAGGUGGAGCACUCGUGGAACAACGACGACCGCUCCCUCAACAUCUUCGUCAAGGACGACAACAAGCUGGUGUUCCACCGUCAUCCCGUGGCCCAGAGCACAGACGCCAUCCGGGGUCGGGUGGGCUACACCCGGGGACUGCACGUCUGGGAGAUCAGCUGGGCCAUGCGUCAGCGGGGCACGCAUGCUGUGGUUGGCGUGGCAACGGGUGAAGCUCCACUGCACUCUGUAGGCUACACAGCCCUGAUAGGGAACAACCAUGAGUCCUGGGGCUGGGACCUGGGGAGGAAUAAACUAUUCCAUGACGGCAAGAACCAGACAGGGAAAACUUACCCAGCCUUCCUGGAGUCAGACGAGACCUUCAUAGUGCCUGACUCCUUCUUGGUAGUGUUGGACAUGGACGAGGGGACUCUUAGUUACAUUGUGGACGGACAGUAUCUAGGAGUUGCUUUUCGAGGACUGAAGGGCAGGAAACUGUAUCCUGUCGUUAGUGCAGUGUGGGGACACUGUGAAAUCCGAAUCCGGUACAUAAAUGGACUAGAUCCUGAGCCCCUCCCGUUGAUGGACCUCUGCAGGCGCUCUGUGAGGGUGGCUCUGGGGAGGGAGCGCCUGGGAGAAAUCCAUGGCCUUCCCCUACCAGCUUCCCUCAAGAACUACCUACUCUACCAAUGACCUCUUGCCGCCACGUGUAACGACACUGCACACACCACAGUGUUGCCCCUCUUCGUUGUCUCUCUCUGGGAGGGGCGGGGGGGCGGGGGGCCUCCAGAACUGACUCGGGGCUCACUCGGAACUAAGGCCUGUUAUAACCUAAAUCCCUGAGCACACCCACGUUGGAUGGGGUUACUGGUGUCUUAGUUUUAAAAAUAAUGAUCCUGUUUUUAUGGCUUACUACAAUCAUAUAAGUGGGACUUGUGUGUGUGAUGGGCUGAAAACUAUGCAGAUACUGACCAGAUGGUGACGGGCCUUUUGGCCAGUCCUCUUCCAGUCUCUUCAGUGAAUUGAGUUUGAUGGUACCUCUGCUUUAACCCAGACCUCUAUACUGAAAUUUUAAUAAUAUGAUGGCUGCGUAAAUAAUAUCCUGCUAGUUAGAAUAUUUUCUAUUGACAUGCUAGUCUCUGGCAGAGAUUAGUCGGGGUAUGUCAGCAUUGUUUCUGAUCACAGGGUGGCGCUGUUCUCCUUUUAAACUGUACAUUUCCACUUGGUGAAAUGUUCAA